AUGGCCUCGCCGUCGGAGUCUGCUCAGCACGGCCUUGGGUCAGAUGCCGGUUACGGGCCCGAUCCGGCAACACACUCUUAUCAGCAAGUUCGAGUUCCAGCCCAGGAUGCCGACAACACCGACGGUAUUGUCAAGAACCCAUUGGCCGCUUCCGAUGGUCCGUCUCCCACUGCCCCCAAAGCAACCACGCCCCCCCCUUAUCCUUCUUCUGCCUCCGCAGACAUAUCCGAAGCUGCUGCUGCUGCUGCCGCCGCCGCGGCAAGGCGAGAGAAGGGCCGCGUUAGAUUCAACAGUAAUGCAACGACUUCAAGACCGCCCGUCACCAACUUUGAACCUCCUCCACGAGUGCCCGAGCCCGCGGCUACGCCUUCUCCUAAGCUUAGGCCAUCAAUUCUGCGCGCAAACUCGUCGGGGUCCGUAGCAACAGCCAAGGAGCUGGGGAUCGACUUGGACGCUGAUUCAGAAAAGGCGAUUUCGGCGGCCGUUGCGCAAGCCCGAGCUCAGCAUAUUGCUGCCAAGGUUUUGCGCGACUCUCCGCCUGGCUCCAGAGCUUCCAUGGACUCUCUUGCCACGACUGCGGCCAGCGACGGAGGAUUUCUUCCCGGAAAAUCUGGUAUUCUCUUGCGGAACUUGGUGUCUGAUGGUGCAACCGUGGAAAGUCGGCGUCAAACUUCAGAGGACGAGACUAAUCAGCUUGCGUUGAACGAAGAGGCAUACGACCUUGUCAGAUCCCACACUCGCCGGUCUGCGUCGGCCGCAUCAAGCAACACUUCUCCUGUAGAUAAAGAGGUCAGUGUCAGCUCGGCAAACGUUCAACCCAGCCACAUGAACGGCGGACUCUAUGACGGCGUGUACAACGUUCCUCCACCGAGGCAGUAUCGAGGCAGUGUACUCUCGCAGCUCCUGAAGCUGUACAAGCCCGCCGACCACAGCGUGCACGCCGUCCAUCACUCCCGGAGUUUGAGCUCCCCUUCCCCAGGCGCCGUCACGCCCCCGAGCUUGGAAUCGGGCACAGCUACACCCCCCAGCACGCGCAAGAAAUGGUACGAGGCGGAUCGUUCGCAGGACACUUUGGCGAACCUUGUGGAAGCCUCCACGCGCCUCGCCAAUCCGAAUCAACAGGUCCCGGAACCAAAGAGCCCCGGCAAAAAGCGUCCUGGCGCCAAACGACGAACCAGCAGUAGCCGACUCGGCUGUUUCUGGCAGAAGGAGGAGGCGCGGGUUACUGUACAUAUUGCGGAAACGCUCUCCCGCCAAGGGUACAUCAUCAAGUUGUGCCGAGCACUGAUGCUGUUCGGUGCUCCCACUCACCGUCUGGAGGAAUACCUCACCAUGACGGCACGCGUGCUUGAAAUCGACGGCCAGUUCUUGUAUCUGCCAGGCUGUAUGCUUGUCUCGUUUGACGAUAGAUCAACACACACGACUGAAGUCCGAAUCGUUCGGAUCACCCAAGGUAUCGACUUGGGCAAGUUGAAAGACGUACACCGCAUCUACAAAGAGGUGAUGCACGACGUCAUAUGUGUGGACGAGGGCACCCGUCGACUGGAUGAGCUGUUGAAAGCCAAGGACAAGUUUAGAGCAUGGAUAAGGGUCCUCGUGUUCGGACUGACGAGCGCCAUGUGUGCCCCGUUUUCAUUCUCUGCCCGGCUAAUGGACUUGCCGCUGGCCUUUUGCUUCGGCUGUCUGGUUGGGUUGUUGCAGUUGGUUGUGGCACCCAAGUCAAACAUGUACAAUAACGUAUUUGAGGUGACGGCCACGAUUUUGGUCAGUUUUCUCGCUCGAGCGUUUGGAAGCCUCAAUGAGGGAAACCUGUUCUGCUUCUCGGCAUUGGCACAGAGCGGGAUUGUCAUGCUUCUCCCGGGAUACUCAGUGUUGUGUUCUGCUCUGGAGCUUCAAUCUCGCGCCAUCGUCCCUGGGUCCAUUCGCAUAGUAUAUGCCAUCAUCUACUCCCUCCUCCUCGGGUUCGGCAUAACGGUUGGUGCUGCUCUGUAUGGCCUCUUCGACAACAACGCGACGUCGGCAACAUCGUGUCAGAACCCCAUCCCGUCCCUCUACACCUUCAUCUUUGUACCGUUCUUUAUUCUGUGUAUCAGCAUCUUGUACCAGGCCAAAUGGCAGCAAAUGCCUGUCAUGGUCUUCAUCGCCUUCGCAGGCUACGUUGUCAACUUCUUCAGCAGCAUCAAGUUCGUGGCCAGUCCGCAAAUCGCCAACACUCUGGGUGCGUUAUCCGUGGGCAUUCUCGCCAAUCUGUACUCUCGCUUGCGCCACGGCGUAGCUGCUGCCACUCUCAUCCCCGCCAUCUUCGUGCAAGUGCCGGGUGGGCUAGCAUCGACGGGAGGGUUGUUGAGCGGUUUGAGCACGGCUAAUCAGCUCAUCAACUCGCCAACGGUUAUCAAUGGUACGAGCACGGUGAGGUUCAGCCAGGGCGAGUCGAUGAACACGGUGGUGUUUAAUGUUGCCGCGUCGAUGAUUCAGAUUGCGAUUGGCAUUGCGGUGGGAUUGUUCAUGAGCGCCGUCGUCAUCUACCCGCUGGGGAAGAGACGGAGCGGCCUGUUUAGUUUCUAA